UAUAAAGAAGAGAAUAGAAGAGGAUAAUACAAUGGGAGGCUGACAGUCUAAUACUCGGACCCCAGCCCGCGAUCUUUCUGAAUAUACCAUGAAUAUUCAGUACUGCGGAGGCUGAUCCUAUCGCCCCAAAGCUGUCUUUGUCCAGAAGGAUAUUAAAAAGCACUUUGGUGGAAAAGUUAACGUCGUCUUUGACAGAGACUCAUCACUGACUGGUAACUUUGAGAUUACCAUCACUGAUAAGAAGACCGGGAAAUCCCAACUUCUUCACAGUAAGAAGAAUGGGGACGGUUUUGUAAAGAAAGAAACUAUUGAUGACUUCAGAGAGAAAGUCCAGAAGUUCUGCUCUUCCUAAUCACUCAAUCUAAGGAAAGUUCUGUUUCUAGACCUCUGCAGCAUAUUCUUAAUGAUCCCCUAUCCCUUGAAACCUAUAAGAGAAGGAGUGAACUCAAUAUGAGCAUUGGUCAGGAAUUAAUGAGAUUUGAAUCACAGGUUCUGUCCUCAAAAACAAUAAUUUCAUUGGUAAAGUUAUUGAUAUCAAACUUUUAAUAGAGGAAGCUUUGUUUAUUUUAUAGCCCUUUGUAUAAAAUAGCAACAAGUCCCGGCCAUCUACCACUUGUCUGAGUAGUCAGCUUAAUUUGAUUUCUAGUAUGUGAAUCCUUUA